UUAACGUCCGUCGCGGUUCCCGCAGAUGAUCGCGCGGCUGUUUUACUGGAUAAACGUUUUUCACCUUCGUUUUUACCUUUAUUAAUCACGCAACGCUUGUCAAAAGAGUCGCAGUUCAUUUUCGCUCUUACAAUUAAACGUACGAGCGUUUCACAUUCGAUUAGCAAUCCUCUUCCCAUGCGUUUCGUAACUCCGACGCAAAAGUUUUCGCUAUAAAAUUAACGGGUUGUCGAAUACCUCCGGAUCGCAGCAGAUUAGAUAAACAUCGACGAUCAUUCAAGUAUCUUUUUUCUUUCGAUUUUACCCACUUUACUUUUUUUUUUUUUUUCUCGACGUUACCGUUCGGAGACGAUCUGGCCGAGGGCCAAAUCCCCCGUAAUUAAGACGCUUAAUUACCACCCUACUGCGGUAGAUCUGAGAAAUAAAAGAAACUAAUGGAAAAACUAAAAUAAAAUGGAAUUGAACAAAUGACUGAAGAACUUUCGGGCACGCGUUUCCUAAACUUUCACCCCUGACCAGGUGCAAUCUUCAGAACGGAAUAGAAGACAACGAUUUUAAGAGUUCGGUAAAUCAAUUGUGCAGACGAUAAUCUGAAUUGUAAUCCGAUUGAUCGGUGUUUCACCUGAAUACCUAAGCGUUGUCGGAAUUAUCCGGUAUUUGUGUAGCCUAAUUUUAAAACAGCUGUCUCUGCAUCGAUGUAGUUUUCCCAAGUGAUCGGGGGCGGGGGUUGAGAGCGAAUUGAAUACCGCGGCGCUACGACGAGUGUGAAGAAAAAUAUUUACAGAAGAAAGGUUUACAACAUAAAUAUUUCUAGUAGUUACAAACCGGAAGUAGAAUAACACUAGAUAUUUUACUGAACAGUCGGUGCUGUGUGAAUGUGAAAAAAUUUACAAAAAAAAAUCGAACAGAAAAUACGGGGGGAAAAAAACUAAUUUUACUUUUGGAUGAUUGAAGCGUAAGAGGAAGAGGAAGCCGCCGUAGCUCGCGUUGCACACCAUUUAAAAGUCAAAUCCUUGUCAGAGUGAGACCCUAGAGAAUACAAGACUACGUUUCGGGAUAUUCCGACGCCAGACUCGAGCCUUACUUGAUCCGAUUAACCGAGAGACCAAAACCAAGACCGAGAUCGGGACCUGAAGGAACCCGAGGGCUGCGGGGGUCGGUCCUUAUUCUGAGUGGAACACGCGAAGAAAAUGAAGAUGAGCAAAGUGGGUAACCAGACGAACUCCCAGGAUCCACAGGCGGUUAAUUCGCGAGUGUUUGUUGGGAAUCUGAACACUUUUCAAUGCAGUAAAACCGACGUUGAACGCAUGUUUCAACGCUACGGGCGUCUUGCCGGCAUUUCCAUGCACAAGGGAUACGCCUUCGUACAAUUCACCAACCCUUUCGAUGCCCGUAGUGCCUGCCUCGGCGAGGAUGGCCGAACUGUCCUAAGUCAGGUACUCGGUGAGUGUCCCCAGUGCUUAUAUGUCAACAUGGUAGCCGAACCGAAGCCCCAUCAGACCGGACGAAAACGUCAGAAUGUCGCAAAAACGGGAAACGACUGGGACUACUACUACGACAGCUAUUACGCGUCGACGGCAUUUCCUCCCCGUCUGGCUCCGCCUUUGAAACGACCUCGUCUCAUGCCCCCGGCGAGACCUCAACAACCGAAACAACAAAAACAACAAGUUACGGUCAACAAUACCACAAUUCCCAGCUUGAACCAACUCAAAGUUUACAGCAACCCGGAUAUCCUGAUAUGCGGUAAUUGCAGAGAAAUGUUCACAGACCUCGGUGAACUUUUGGAACACAAACGAAAUUACUGUAAACUACGGUUCACUUGUAAAUGUCACACGUUCAACGGAGCAACGCCAAAAGGCGAUUCGACGGCCGCGUUGCUAUGCGUUCUCUGCAAGGACGCCUUUCCCUCGGCGUGGGAACUGAUGGUCCAUGCGCAAGCGGCUCAUAUGAUUAAUAUUUACGAAUUGGGAACCAGACCGCAGAGCCCGAGAUCCGGACAGAGUCCAUCACCCCACAGCCCGAGCCAACUUGCUAAGGAAACCUCCCCCUCGCCGCAGGAUCUCCAGGAAAACAAAAGACUGGAAAGCGACGAACGCGGGGAAGAAGAGGACCUGGACGGCCACGAGUUACUCCCUUCACCCGACAGCGGCAAGUCAACGGACAACGAAGGAAUACCGUCACCGAUUAAAUUGCGUUCAGGGGUGCUCGGUUCCGACCACGAGGACUGCGACGAACUCAUGGAUGUCGAGAAUACCGCACAGGCCUGCAUCAUGCACGCACUCAGCAUUGAUUCAUCUUUGGAACGUACGUCGAACGCGAGCUCGCGAGGGGGUCAAUCGGACCCGGUUGUAAUGGCGUUGACCAACGGUUCGCUUUCAGCAAAAGAAUGAACUGGACUAUUCAAAGAUUUGGUCUUCCCUCCUACUAUAUUAUAUUAUAUACUAUACUAUACUAUACGUGCGUGGAAGUUUUUGAACUUCCGAUUCACCACCAAUCAGACAUAUCGGGGACAUUAUACCCGUCUGUAAAUAGCUUAAAUGUCCCCCAAAUUAACCCUUACCCCGCAUUUUUCCUUCCAUCCAUUUCAUUACCCACGUCCCUAACAUUUAAUUACCUUUCAUACGAACCGAAAAGAAAAAAGAAACCAACAAACGAAAUUCGUAUGUAUAACCAAACACACGUGCAUAUAAAAAUCUAUCCACACGGACUAAAUACGUAAGUAUACAUAAACUAUCAUUGAAUUAAUUGAAGAAUAUAUAAAAAAAAAAAAAGAAGGGAAUGAGAAGAAAAAAUUUCUUAGCAAAAAGUGGAUCGGUGAUUCGUCAUUGAAAGCGUCCAGAUACCAAGAGAAAUAUUGAAAAGAAAUGAAAUAAAUAAAAUAAAAAUAAUUAAAGGAAAAACGAAUAAAUGAAAAAACAAUUAGAAAAUAUAUAAUAAACUCGCCAAUAUAUAUAUUUUGCUACUAUUAAUUAAAAUAUGGAAUAAUCUGGAGAAAUAAGUUUGGAAUAUUUAAAUUCCCUGCUCUGUUUUCAUUGGUUUUCCAAAUAUAAAAAGUCAUUUACUCGAUUCUCACAUAUUGUACAUAUUAAAUAAAGAUGAAUAAUGUUAAAAAGGAAACAAAUGCGAAAGAAAAUGAUUAAAGAAUAAAAUAAAAAGAAAUACGGUAUUAUUUUUUAGAAAAAGAAGAGAUGAAUAAAGAAAAAUCAACUUGUAAUAAUAUAUCAGUUAUAAUUGUUACGCCCGAUACUGGACGGAUUCGUUGACGACAAUCCCGUGAAUAAAUACGUCUUAAGUAGGCAACGUUUCAAAGUACACAUAGAAGAAGAGAAGCAGAAAAACCAAAGAAAGAAAGAAAAGUCAAAAUUGAAAAAGCGAGAAAUAGGAAGUAUCCAAAAUAUUGUAAAUAAAAAUUCUCUCGGACGAGACUAACGUAAGAUGUAUACAGCUAUACGUGUAUAAUAAAAAAUUCUACCGCUUGACGUGACCGAGUGAAAAAUGAAAUAAAUUUCAUCCGACAAACGAUAUUUUAAUGAUUUAUAGGCCUAAAAAUAUGCGUAUGAGCAAACAAUCAUUAUAAUGGAUUUUUCAAGACAUUAAGAAAUUGAGUAUAGAAAAAAAUAUCGUCGCCUCGGCCACGUGUACAGCUGCUCUCUAUCGAUAAGUUACGUAUAAUACUCCCUUCUUCAUUUGGAAAAAAAGAACGAAAAAAUGAAAAAAGUUGAAAAAAAGUAACAUAAAAUAAAAUAAAACUUGUGUGCGUGACGUCACUUAAUUUAACAUAAAGCGCGUAAUGUGGUAAGCUCUCACACAUCCUUCUGCAGUCUCUUAAUUAAAUAAUUAAUUAAAUGAAUCACUGGAAACGAAAUGAGAAGAAAAAUGAAUCAUUCGAAGUUACAUUUGAAUCUGCAGCAACACGAGUAAUUAUUCGUUUUCGCAUGUUCAAUUAUUGUUGCUGACAAAUGUGAACAUGAAUUACGAACACUGAAGGUUUUAAUAUUUGAAUAAAAGAGAAAGGGAGAGAAAAAGAAACAAUUAUCACGAAUUGCGAAUCGUUUUCAGCGAUGAUAAAAAAUAGUGAAUUUAAAAAAGAAUUAUAUAUCUAAUAAAAUUGAUAGUCGCAAAUCUAGUCAGAGAUGAGAUAUAUCUGAAAGAGAAUUGCUGAUAUACUUCGCAAGUAAUAAGAACAAGAUAAUUAAUUGAAUAAAUAAAAAUUCUAUUCUAUCAUCGUCACAGAUUCAUUGAUAAACGACUCAACUACUGGUCUCUUAGUGCCGAAUAUUUGAUUGCUAGGCUAUUCUAUACUUUAUUUCUAUUAAAAGCAUAUUUUCAAAACCUUUAUCAUUAACGUACUAAUAUUGAAAGAAUUUUAAAGAAAAAGAAAAAGAAAAAUGUUAUUAAAAAAAAAAGGAUUCAAAAAAUGAGGAAUAAAAGAUACAUUCGUCAAAAUACUAUGAAAUUAAUGAACUGUAAAGUAUAUACAUAUGUGUAUAUAUAUACAUAUAUAUAUUAAGAGCGAAUCUUGGUGAGAAUAAAAAUGAAGAGAAUAAAAAAAAGAUUAAAGAAAUUUCUCAUAAGCAAAUAUAAACUGAUAAUGAAAAAAUCAAGAGAUAAUUACAAGGGGUGGCAGAAACUUUGCGAUUCUCUUGCUGUAUAAUCUGAUGUUAUACUCGUAUUAAUUUAUUACUAUAGGAAUAGAACCAAAGGUUAUUUGUUCAUUGUCGUAUAUAAACAAUGUUUUAUGUAUCAUUAUCAUCUUAAUAAAAAAUACGUUACGUCUUUUAA